AUGGCUCCACGAAAGGCGUCGGCGUGCGCCACAGGAGGCAGGAUGAUAAACCCUUCUGUCGAGCCCGCCUCGCGCCGCGAGUCCGCCCAGGAGAGGCGCGACUCCGAGGGUAGGGCGAGGCGAGCUUCAGCUAGAGCAAGCUCUAGAGAAAGCCACAAGCGUCCGUCGGCAGGUGGGCGUGACAGUGCGAGCAAAAACGGUUCCUUGGUCUUGCCGCAGGGAGGAGAUUCGACGACGAGUGCGGCAGCACUGCAAGCCCGCAACCAGCGGCGGAGUAUCGGGCUCAAGAGGUUGAGUGUCAACACGCAUAUGAAGGACAGCCUGAUCAACACACUGGAGGACGUCGCACGAGACGUGAGGAUGGGGCUUCAGACGACAGGGAUCGAAAAGCUCCAAACAAUCAUGACCGAGGCCAAAGAGAAGGGGCUGGGCGUGAGCAACCUAUUCCACUUUUUCCUGCUUCAAUCCGAGGGCGGGAAACGCGAGUCCAUGGAACGGAAAGCAAGCUCAUCGCUGGAAACAUCGGGAGAAACCAUGGAACCUGUCGCCGAGAAACGCGAGGGUGUUACGGGAGGAUUGUUCAAGGACACAGAAUCCUCCAAAACAAGGGCUAAGGCUGUGCGGACCUCCAAGUCCGGGAACAGGGCGUCCACAGAGCUGAUGCCGUCGCUGAAGAAGGGCGCCCGGCCGAGCACCGCCAACUCGAAACGUACUUCAUCAGACCCAGCCAUGAACACCGCGCGGGAUGAAUCGAGUAAUGCUUCCGGCUCUUCCCAAAUUGACGAUCCCGCGACCAAAGAAGGGGAUUCUUCGACGUCCGGACGAAGAAGAAGCAGCAUGUCUCGGAGGUCGUCUUUGGCGGAGGAGGCGAUGAUGCGCGACAGGCUCAUCACGUCCGCCUCCUUUCAGCACGGCUUGGCAACGCUUGGUUUCAACAUCAGCACCGAGGAGACCGCCAAGAUGUUUGAUCAACUCGACGCCAACGGCGACGGUUCCAUCGAUCUCGCAGAGUUCACGAGGUUUUGCCUGGAGAUUCCGUCCAUGACCUGGAAGGCCGAGCGUGCUAGGAGGGGGAUCCUCGGAAACAACGCCGGGGAAGACGGAGAUCGUGAGUUGGAAAAGGCAGCACGGGACAUGGCCAACGAAACGGUGAGCGCCAACGACGCCGCGGAAGGCGGUUUGGGAGGGGAGCUGGCAAAGCUGGAGCCCUUGGUGCACCUCGGGAAGAUAUUCUACAGGGGGGAGAAGUUUUUCUGGAGGACCAAGGACCUGAUCGAGGUGGUGGUCCAGCUCAACGAGGCCAAGGGGUUCCUGGCCAUCCCCGCAAGCGCUGCGGCCGAGGCCGAAAUCUUGAACGACCUCAAGGCCAAGCGGUUGGCGGCCAAAACCGAGCACGCCAUGGGAGGGUCAGGAUCAAGAGGAGGCGAAAGCGACGCCAACAAGGAGCAGGCGGGGGACCAACAGCAAGAGGACCAGGCGCUGUCGGAGAAGGCGCACAUGGCGUACAUAGCCGACUACAUCGUGCACCGCAUCACGAUGCCGGACGGUAACGGGAACCUCCUACAGCCUGACGUCACUCGCCCGGAGGAAGAGGUAAAUCCCGGUUUGCCGGCCGGCGGGGAAGGCAGCAGCACCGGUUCGGGCGCCACGAAGACGAAACGGGGGAGUGCUGCGGCGAGGCCGGGGCUGAUGAGAACCACGUUCGACGAGUGGGACACCCUCUUGUUCCCGAACCCGCCUUCUCGGGUGGAAGGCGUCCCGAAGUUCGCCGAGACCAAGAAGAGGGAGUCGUACUUCCAGGAGUUCUGCAGCGUGACGGAGAAGUUCGAGGAGAACCGUGUCAGGGCACAGCGGCUUAGCGGGGAGGCGGCUGCCUUCGCCAUGCAGGUGUCCAACACGCUGGCGCCUCUUGGUCACUCCGCAUCUUCGCCAGCUACCUUGGCCCUCGCCGAGAGCCAGCAAGACGUGGCCGGCGGCGACGCUGCCACCCCCAGGCGCGGAAGCGGCCGGAUCAUUCUCGCGGACGAGAUCUCCAACCGGCGGGGGAGAACUCCUUGGAAAAAACUCCCUCGCCACCGGUUCAAUGAGCGGUUUCACUUCGAAGGGUUCAUCAAGUAG